GGGCGUCCGCUACUGCGCAGGCGCCCCAGGAAGCGCUCGCCGGAGCCGGGCUCGGCCCGCGUCCGCCUGGCCCGCCAGUGCCCCGGAGCGCGCGGUUCCGCUAGCGCCGAGUUCCGCGCGCCGGACCUAGGUGGCCGCGGCGACGACGGGAGCCCUGGCUGCUGUGUUCAAGGUGUUCGUUAUGAAGUUAUUAGUAGUAUUUUUAUUUCUGGGACUUCUCAGUGGUUGUAGAGGUAACUCUUCCUAUAGCUUGACACCUCAGUUACUUCUGGUGUCCUUUGAUGGAUUUAGAGCCGACUACCUGCAGAACUAUGACCUUCCUCACCUCCGGAACUUCAUCGAAGAAGGUGUCCUGGUGGAACAUGUUACAAAUGUUUUUAUCACGAAAACAUUUCCAAACCACUACAGCAUCGUGACUGGCUUAUAUGAGGAAAGCCACGGCAUUGUGGCCAAUUCCAUGUAUGAUGAGGUCACAAAGAAACAUUUUUCUGAAUCAAAUGAUAAGGAUCCAUUUUGGUGGGAUGGGGCAGUGCCUAUCUGGGUGACCAAUCAGCUCCAAGAAAACAGAUCAAGUGCUGCUGCUAUGUGGCCUGGUACUGAUGUGCCCAUUCACAAUACUACACCUUCCUAUUUUAUGAAUUACAACAGCUCAGUGCCCUUUGAGGAGAGACUAAGUAAUGUUACCGAAUGGCUCAGCAGUUCCAACCCACCAGUCACCUUUGCUACGCUCUACUGGGAAGAACCAGAUGCAAGUGGCCACAAGUAUGGGCCCGAAGAUAAAGGCAACAUGAGCAGGGUAUUGAAAGAAAUAGAUGGCCUUAUUGGUGAUCUUGUUCACAGACUCAAGGUGUUAGGACUGUGGGAAAACCUUAAUGUGAUCAUCACAAGUGACCAUGGGAUGACGCAGUGUUCUGAGAACAGAUUGAUUCAUUUGGACUCCUGCUUGGACCAUUCAAACUACACGGUUAUAGACUUAACCCCUGUGGCCGCCAUUCUCCCCAAAAUAAAUGUAACAGAGGUUUAUGACAAACUGAAGCACUGUAGCCCUCACAUGACUGUUUAUCUCAAAGAAGAAAUUCCUAACAGAUUUCACUACCAACACAAUGAUCGCAUACAGCCGAUUACUUUGGUUGCCGAUGAAGGCUGGACAAUCGUUCUAAACAAGUCCUCAUUAAAGUUAGGUGACCAUGGCUAUGACAAUUCUCUGCCUACUAUGCAUCCAUUUCUUGCCGCCCAUGGUCCCGCUUUUAGAAGAGGUUACAGGCAGAGCACCAUGAACACUGUGGAUAUCUACCCAAUGAUGUGCCACAUCCUGGGACUGAACCCACAUCCCAAUAACGGAACCUUCAGCCACACCAAGUGCUUGUUAGUGGACCAGUGGUGCAUUAACCUCCCAGAAGUCAUUGGAAUUGUUGUCAGCGCACUGUUGGUGUUAACCCUGCUAACAGGCCUCAUGAUAUUCAUGCAGAACAGAACGCCUGCUUCCCGUCCAUUUUCCCGCCUUCAGCUGCAGGAGGAUGACGAUGAUCCUUUAAUCGGGUAGCCCACAGUGUCUUACUAAUUUCAAAACUAAGGAUCCGUGCAAGGAAUGGUGUUACAACCAUAGACAGAUACAUGUCAAAAGAUAGACAAACAGGCUAAAAGUUGUUUGCUUGUUUGUUUUCUUGUGUCCUAUUUUGGUGUGUUUCCUGAUGUAAAUGACCCUGACAAUUGUAGAGUUCUGGUAGAUCAGUUAAAACCACCCGUUUCACUAACAAGAAAUAGCCUUGGAGAAAAUACUCUGGUUUCUUUCUUUCUUUUUCAAUAAACAUCUAACUUUAAGUGAAAGUAUACCAGAACUUAGCCAUGCUUUUCUAACAGAUUUAUAUAUUUGUAAAUGACACAAAGAUAUUUAUGUAAUUUGUGAAUUUUGUGUACCCUGGAGAAAAAGUUGUGUAUAUUUUUAUAUUUGCCUUUAAGUAGUAUAUGUCCCAAGGAAACCCUUGAAGUAGGAAACUCUGUGAUGGUUAAUAAAUUAGCCACAUAGUAUAGCUGUAACAUACAAAGAAAUCAUUUUAAGUAAAGCUGCUAAAAGCAAACAAACCAACUAAGACUAUGUAAUACGAAGUCUGACCUUGUUAAGACCCUUAGCUGCUGACACCUCAGAAGUUGUGUCCUGGGAGCUGGGCGUGGCGGUGAACACCUGUAGGCCAAAUAGUUGGGAGGGUGAGGUGGGGACUUGGAGACUGAGUCCAGUCCUGCCUGGGUUAUGUACCAGGACCGUGCGGUUUUGUUUGUUUGUUUUAGUUACAUUUUUUUGGAUACUAUUGUUAGUAAGAAAUUUAAAAGAAAAUAGAGGAAAAUUGUUUUUCCCUAUUUGUGUUUAAUGUCUUUGGGUAAGUUGUGUGUGCCAGUGUGUUUGUGUGUGUGAGAUUGUGUCGGUGUCAUGUGACUUAUAAAGGGGACUGGACUGUGUGCCAGAACUCAGCCAUCUGGAAAGGGUCAGCCCAAAGGACAGGUCACUUCUUGCACACCUUGGUUGUUUAUUGGUCUCCAGGUUGAUGUUAUGGUUAAAAGUCCUGUUACAGUCUUCACUUCUCAUGUUUAUUGGAAGUGUUCAGAUGCUGUGGGAAAAAAUAUGACCUGAAUAUAAAGCUGCAAGGUCAGGAUUUUUCUGUUUACCUCUGGGACUUUGCCAUGUGUCUUCCAUACAACGGAGUGGUAAGAACUCUAGACCCGAGUUUAGUGGCUCCCGCUCUUUGCUGCGGUCAUGAGCUGAGGGCGGAGAGCCUCAGCCCGCACUGCUCCCUCAGUUGACUCCACACCUUUCCUGGGAGCCAUGGGUCUGGUGGGAAGCACUGUCGUCAUCCCCUGGCUAGUUGGGUCCUCAGAACCAGAAUUAUUCGAACAAACAGCCUGUGUGAUGUCCAUUAGAGAAAAGACCAGCAGGUCCUGUACUAGUGUGACCUUGACAGUUUGGACAAUAUAGAACAAACUUGGUUGUUGCUGGUAAGAUACAAGAUGACUCUCCAGUAAGUGUGCAGCAGCACAGGAAGGUAAACACCGAUUAGCCAAUGACAGAGGACACCUCUCAGUCAUCUUAGAGACGUGGCAUUGUGUUGGCUCCCUGCUGAUUUUCUGAAGUUUGAUAGCUGGGGCCACAGUAUCGGGGUUUUGAGAGGCAUCUCUGUACGACGUACAUAAUCUAUGCUGUUAAUCAUAAAGUGGGUGUCUUAGGAACAGGACUGAUUUGUUCAUAAAUGUUCUGAUUUAUUUUGUUACAUAUAAUAGUGAUACUAAAGGAUAAAUAGUUGAUCAAAUAAUAGAAAAAUUCCUGCAUACUUCAGUUUCCAUUUUUCAAAGAAAAUAACAAAUGAACUGCCAUAUUCACUUUGGAAAAAAAAAAAUUAGUGGCCAUUUGAAGUGUGUGCCAGCAGAGUAUUUAAUAUUAGUUGAAGAUGACUUAGUCCUACAGUGCUCUCUAUGGGUUCCAGUGACUCUCUUAGCUCGAUUGUGGCUUCUACAGCAUCCAGCCUGUGAGUGGGUCUUUAGAGAGGGUGGCGGAGGAAGGGGGCCCUGUCAGCGUCUCUGCUUUCUGGUCAGGAGAAAGUGGCGGAGGAAGGGGGCCCUGUCAGCGUCUCUGCUUUCUGGUCAGGAGAAAGUACUGGCUUCAGGAAACACUUAGCUCUUGAUGAUGGUAUCCAGAGGCAAUAGGAAGGUGUCGAUGUAGUUUUGUUCAUCCCCUGGGUCAGUUCAGAAUGAAGCACCUUGCCUUCACAGUAGAGGGGUGAUCACCGUGUGGUAGCAGUCUGUUGCACACGUUCUUCGGGAAGAGCGGAGGGUUACCACUGAGGCUUGCUAGCAGCGCUGUCCAGGAAGCUUCCUCCAGCAAGCCACAGGCAAAGCCUCGGAAUAGGAAAGGAGUAAAUGCCUUUGCACCCAUCUUGGCUGUUUCUGGCCUGUGCCCGACUUGUGAGCUUUAGCGAUGAUUGCCUUUAAUUCCUUCUGUGUGGAGUGGUUUAUUUCAUUGUAAUUUAUAACAUUACAAAUGAAGGACAGAGAUUAGGUGUAAAGUGUGUGUUUGUCAUUCAUUCUCAAACUGUGUAAAUACAGCGAGUGCUCUAGGGAAGCCUGCAGUGCCUUAAGUUAAAGGAAAUACCUUUUGACCACAUUGUUUGAACUUGUAGCUAAUGACUUUGCUUCUGAUUAAAAUUUAUGUAAAUAAAGUCUACCCAAACAAA